AUGGGUUGUUUAAAGUGCUGCAAGGCGGGGGCCGCUAAGGGUAAGGAGCCCUUAGAGGCUGCUGCGGGAGCUCAGCAGGAGGAGCAGCAGCAGCAGCAGCAGCAUAAGCAGCAGCAAGAGGAUGGCAGCCCAGUAGAAUUGGAACAAUCAGCAGCAGCAGCAGCAGCAGCAGAUGGUUCCUUGUCAUUGGGUGGUUAUGGGUCACCUGAAGCAGCAGCAGCAGCAACAAAUGGCGCAGCAGCAAAUGCUGCUCCAUCAACAGCACUGCCUAUGGAGACCCCAGAGGAGCAGCAGCAGCAGAAGCAGCAGCAGCUGCAGCAGGAGUCUCCUCAAUUGCAGGGUCAGAAACAGCAGGAACAGCAGCAGCAGGAGCAGCAGCUGGAUCCUGCAGCAGCAGCAGCAACAGCAGCAGCAGAUGAUGACGCUGAAUUUGCUUCAGCAGUAGAGGGCCCCUCUCCUCCGCAGAAUACAUCAUCUCCUGUUGCUGCUGGGGAGCAGCGGACGCGGCAGCUGCUGCAGCAACGAGUGCAGCAGCAACAGCAGCAACAGCAGCAGCAGCUGCAGCAGGGAGGAGAGACAACCCCUCGUAAAGAUGUAUCAGCAGCAGAAGCAGCAGAUGCCCUUCCUCCAUCGUCAGGCGUACCAUCAUCAUCGCCAUCAGCAGCAGCAGCAGGAGCACCAUCAGGUGCAGCAGCAACAACAGCAGUAGCACCAGCAGGAGGUGAGGGUUUCUCCUCUACAUUUACACGAAUUGUGCAGCAAACCCUCGAGGAUCCAGGGGGUAUAUGGAGUCGUCUUAUUACCUGCUUAACUCCUGCAGGUGGGGGCCCCACGACACCAGAUGGGCAGCAAGGGGGCCCCCAGGGGGCCCCCAUACUGGCCAACAGAGGGGCCGCACCCAUUGGGGGGGCCCCUGUUGCAGGGGGGUCCCAUGGGGCCGUAGGGCCCCCAGCUAUUCUUAAUAAUGAUCAGGGUCCUUCUGAUGGGGGAGAAGAGGAUGAAUUAGAUAUAAAACAGUAUAAGGACCCUGUUGAGCGGAAACCAUCAGCAGCAGCAGCUCUUGCUGUUGCUGCUGUUGCUGCAGCAGAUGCAGCAGCAGCAGGGACGAAGGCAGCGGAAGCAGCACAUACGGAGGCAGCAGCAGAUGUGCGUCCUUCAUCAGCUUAUCCUCUGUCAUCUACAUCUGUAGGGGAUGAUGAUAUUCCUGGUUCGGCAGCAGCAGCUGCUGCUGCUGCUGCAGCUGCUGCUGCUGCUGCUGCAGACGAAGCAACAUUAGCAGCUUUGCGGGUGCAGCACCAGCAAGAGAGAGCAGCAGCAUCGGGUUAUAUGACGAAUGGGGACAGCAGCGCUGACAGUGCGAUGGCAGCAGCAGCAUCAGCCGCCGCAGCAGCAGCAGCAGGUGCUCGUGCAGCAGCAGCAGGUGCUGCAUCAGCAGCGGAGGCAUGUAGCAGCGUUGCUGCUGCUGCUCUCCACAGCAGCAGCAGCAGCAGCAGCGGAGGCCCCCGUGUUCCUCCACAGCGCAGCAAGACUGUAUUAGAGCAAAUAUUAUUAAAGAAAUGGAGGAAAUUGCAGCACUAUAUAGAGGAGGAGUUACUAUUCAAGGCUUAUCAGUACUUGCUGCUGCUGGAGCAGCAACUUGAGCAGCAAAUUGAACAGCAGCAGCAGCAACAGCAACAGGAAUCAGAGGUUCUGCUGCAGCUACUAAAAAAAUAUCAAGAACAAUUAAGAAAUGAUACAAAUAUAAAUAAUCUUCGUAAGAAAAUAAAUAUUGCGCAUGCAAUGUUGGAUCAGUUCCAUCUAUCGCAAUUAAAGGCAAUAUGCGAGGAUCCUCGUCUAUCUUUUGCUGAAUCUAUAAGUACAUUAACUCAUUAUCACCAUCAGCAGCAGCAGCAACAGCAGCAGCAGCAGCAGAGGGAGAGAGAGCUGCAACAACAUAGUAGUUAUGGUACUGUUGGGUCGCAUGCAGCAGGAGGUUCAAGUAGUGUUAGGGAGCAGCAGCAACAACAGGUUAUAAAGAAUCGUUUAUCUUGUGGUGGUGUUGAGGGCAGCAGCAGCAGUGCAGCAGCAGCAGGAGCAGCAGCAGCAGAUGGUUAUAUUACAGGAGGAGCAGGAUCACCUGUUCCUGCAGCUACAUGUGUAGGACGUAGUGGUAGUAAUGGAGGCAGCAGCAGCAGCAGCUUCCCUGAGAGGAAAAUAAGUACUACUAAAUUAAAAACAGGACUAAGAAAUAUGGGCAGAAAAAUGUCAUUAACAAGAAGAGGAAGCAGCAGCAGAAGAAGCAGCAAUAAAAAAGGAUUAGCAUUCAAGAGUUCGUCUGAUGAAGAAGGAUGGAUCAGGGAAAGAGGAAAGUAUUUAGAUUUAUCCUAUAGAGUAGAGAGGAAUAACUCUGUAUCUAUGAAGGUUCGAGGGAAAUUAACUUGUGCAUUAUUUGAAGUAUUGGCAAUAUUGAAUGAAUCGGACUUAGCCGGAAAUUGGGCUCCAAUGUUUAAGCAUGCAGAGAAAGUAUAUAGUUAUAGUAGGGCAUCACAAUUAAUUAGACAAACAUUUGAUUACCCUGUACUAGGUCUUAAGGAAACAAUUAUGUUCUCCUUUGGUGUUAAUGCAUUAGAGGAAUGUGGUGCUGUAAUUAUAUUUUGUCAAUCACCACCAGAAGGAGAAAAAGAAUUCUUAGGUAAAUAUAUACCAGAAAAAGGAAAAAUACCAAGAAUACAAUCUGCUGAUCUUGUUUUUCUUCUUUAUCCUAUAUCUGAGGGUAGACAAACUACAUUAGAAUUGUUUGGUUCUUUUCAGCAUGGUAUACGUUAUGUACCAUUAAGAUUAAUAACUUAUUUAGUUAAGAAAAUUGUUCGUGGUAUGUUUGUAUCUAUUGCUAAACAAAGUCAACAUUUUGCUACUUCUCCUUAUAAGAAUAGAGUUGAACAAAACCCUGAAUUCUAUAAAUGGAUACAAGAUUGUAUUGAGGAUUUUGUUAAUAACGAGCAACCAACACAAUUCAGACAAUUAGAGUCUAUUUCUCUUUGUAGCUUUAAUUAUGAAGAAUUUCAAGAAUAA